AUGGCUCCUGUUGCCGCACCUUCCACAGGCCAGCCUGCUGAUGGCAAGCCCAUGAACUGGGCAGACGAGUUCGACGAGGAUCUCGCUCCAGGCGAGGCCGCUCACAUUGAGGAGCGCGACGAGGGAAACGGUGUCAAGGUUGUCAUUCAGUACCGCACCAACGCUGAUGGAAACAAGGUCAAGGUCACACGAAGGAUCAAGAGGACACUUGUAAAGUCCAAGGUCAACCAUCAAGUCGCCCAACGCAAGAACUGGACAAAGUUCGGCCAGGAAAAGGGCAAAGCCCCCGGUCCUCACUCUGCUACCACCACGAUCGGCGAGAACGUGAUUCUCAAGAUGUCUGCCGGCAACAACAAAACUGCCGAACCCGAGGUUGAUGACAUGGACAAGGUGCGUCAGCAGCUCGCCAACAAGCGUAUCGUCUGUCGUCUUUGCAAAGGCGACCAUUUCACCACAAAAUGUCCUUACAAGGAUACUCUCGAGGCGAUUCCCGGUGCUGGUGCCGACACUCCCGAGGGCGGCGAAGGCUCGAUGACUCCUCUUGCUGCUAUGGACCCCACCAACCCUGCCGUUGCAGCAAGUACAGGCGGCAAAUACGUUCCACCCAGCAUGCGCGGUGGCACAAAGGGCCCAGGAGACAAGAUGGGCGGUCUCGCUGGAAUGUCAAGAGACGAAUUCCCCACCCUCCGUGUCACCAACCUCAGCGAAGAUGCCGACGACGAGGACCUCAGGGUUCUCUUCGGCCGCUUCGGUCGUGUUGUCCGUGUCUACGUCGGUCGCGACCGCGAGACUGGUAUCUGCAAGGGUUACGCUUUCGUCAGCUUCGAAGACAGGGAAGAAGCCGACCGCGCAAGGCAAAGGAUCGACGGUCGUGGUUACGACAACCUCAUUCUCAGUUGUCAGUGGUCGCUUCCGCGUGGCGAGCGUCCUUGA